GAAAAUGCACAUAAUUGCAGCAUUUGCUUUAAUUGUGAUUACAAUCUUGUUUGUUUUAAAGAUAUUUUUGAUUGUUACCACGGGUCGAUGUACAAGCAAACAGAAAUUAAACGGAAAAACUGUCAUUGUUACCGGAGCUAAUGCAGGAAUAGGAAAAGAGGCUGCUAUUGAUUUAGCAGCCAGGGGUGCUAGAGUUAUACUUGGAUGCCGAAAUUUAACAUUAGCUGAAAGUACAAAGGAAGAAAUUAUAUCAAAAACUGGAAAUACAAAUAUUAUUGUGUAUCCAUUAGAUUUUGAAUCAUUAUCAUCUGUACGAAAAUUUUCUAAAUUAGUUCAUGAAAGUGAAAAUAGAUUGGAUGUUUUAAUAAAUAACGCAGGAGCUGUUGGAUUAGGUAAUAAAACUACUGAGGAUGGUUUACAUAUUCUCAUGCAAGUGAAUCAUUUUGGUCCAUUUUUAUUAACAAAUUUACUUUUGGAUUUAUUAAAACAAUCAGCGCCUAGUAGAAUAGUGAACGUUUCAUCGUUUUUAUAUAAGUUUGCGAUAUUAGAUCCAAAUAAUUUA